CGACUGUUUGCACUCUGCCUUCUCAAUACGUGCUUGAUCCGUGAAAGAUCAGCGUCAUAGUAAUGUCAAUAGAAUCACUCAUAGCAAGAGCUCCAGGAGAUGAAGUGAAUCAAUCUGGUUGUAAACUAUUGGAUUCCUUUGCCAUCGUGAUCCAAGUUUGCUUAGCUACCAUAGCUUUUUCAACUCUAAUCAUCAAACGUCAGCGAGAGAAUCCACAGCGACCAGUUCGGAUAUGGGGGUUUGAUGUUAGCAAACAGCUUGUGGGAGGAAUCGUUAUCCAUACGCUCAACCUAUUGGUAUCAUAUAUCUCUGGAAAGAAUGAAGCGGAUCCUAGCAAUCCCUGUGUUUGGUAUUUCUUAAAUAUUUUUGUGGACACAACCGUUGGUGUUGGUAUUUUAUGGGGCAUCCUGUUAGGAUUUAGGAGGUUGGCUGCCUAUUUCCGACUGCAAGGCGUCCAAAGUGGUGUCUACGGUGAUCCUCCAUUGAUCAAUCAGUUCAUACAAUGGGGGAAGCAGCUACUGAUAUACAUCACCGCCUUGGUGCUCAUGAAAUUGGUGGUUGUCCUCAUUUUCGCCAUUUGCCCCUUCUUAUUCGACUUUGGCCAAUGGGUGCUAGAAUGGACAAUGAGUAAUUAUAAAUUACAAGUUGUGUUCGUUAUGUUGAUCUUCCCUCUGGUCAUGAACAUAAUUCAGUUCUGGGUCAUCGAUACGAUUGUUAAACACAACGAGAAACAAGAAAUCAGUCUGGGAGAUCAUGUCGAGGAAGACGAAUUCGCAAACCUUUUGGACAGCGUUGAUGAAACAGAAUUGGCUGAGCACGUUGGUGAUCUGCGAGCAGAUGCAAGAUCGCCAUCACCAGGCGCUUUAGAACUGAAUGCCAAUCCGAAAUUCAAACCAAGUUUUGCCAUCGAUGACGAUGAGGCAGACUUUGACAACGAUGGAUGGGAUGAGGAUAAUUCGUUUCAAGCUAGACAUUCUGAAGACAACGCUGGUAACCCCCACCAAGAUUUGUACGAACUUGACAACGGUCUGCCAAAGCGAUCAUAGUAAAUUACCCAUAACAACAUUUAUACCGUUCGAUUCCUUGCCGUCAUUAAGGAUCAAGCUUUCUUCUCUGAAGAGCAAUCAUUGUAUAAUA